CUGCAGCGACUACCGCAUCAUCACAGCCUGUUGAACUCUUCUGAGCAAGAGAAGGGGAGGCGGGGUAAGGGAAGUAGGUGGAAGAUUCAGCCAAGCUCAAGGAUGGAGGUGCAGUUAGGGCUGGGGAGGGUCUACCCUCGGCCGCCGUCCAAGACCUACCGAGGAGCUUUCCAGAAUCUGUUCCAGAGCGUGCGCGAAGUGAUCCAGAACCCGGGCCCCAGGCACCCAGAGGCCGCGAGCGCAGCACCUCCCGGCGCCAGUUUGCAGCAGCAGCAGCAGCAGCAACAGCAGCAGCAGCAGCAGCAAGAAACUAGCCCCCGGCAGCAGCAGAAGCAGGGUGAGGAUGGUUCUCCCCAAGCCCAUCGUAGAGGCCCCACAGGCUACCUGGUCCUGGAUGAGGAACAGCAGCCUUCACAGCCUCAGUCAGCCCCGGAGUGCCACCCCGAGAGAGGUUGCGUCCCAGAGCCUGGAGCCGCCGUGGCCGCCGGCAAGGGGCUGCCGCAGCAGCUGCCAGCACCUCCGGACGAGGAUGACUCAGCUGCCCCAUCCACGUUGUCUCUACUGGGCCCCACUUUCCCCGGCUUAAGCAGCUGCUCCGCCGACCUUAAAGACAUCCUGAGCGAGGCCAGCACCAUGCAACUCCUUCAGCAACAGCAGCAGGAAGCAGUAUCCGAAGGCAGCAGCAACGGGAGAGCGAGGGAGGCCUCGGGGGCUCCCACUUCCUCCAAGGACAAUUACUUAGGGGGCACUUCGACCAUUUCUGACAGCGCCAAGGAGCUGUGUAAGGCAGUGUCGGUGUCCAUGGGCUUGGGUGUGGAGGCGUUGGAGCAUCUGAGUCCAGGGGAACAGCUUCGGGGGGAUUGCAUGUACGCCCCAGUUUUGGGAGUUCCACCCGGUGUGCGUCCCAUUCCGUGUGCCCCAUUGGCCGAAUGCAAAGGUUCUCUGCUAGACGACAGCGCAGGCAAGAGCACUGAAGAUACUGUUGAGUAUUCCCCUUUCAAGGGAGGUUACACCAAAGGGCUAGAAGGCGAGAGCCUAGGCUGCUCUGGCAGCGCUGCAGCAGGGAGCUCCGGGACACUUGAACUGCCGUCCACCCUGUCUCUCUACAAGUCCGGAGCACUGGACGAGGCAGCUGCGUACCAGAGUCGCGACUACUACAACUUUCCACUGGCUCUGGCCGGGCCGCCGCCCCCUCCACCGCCUCCCCAUCCCCACGCUCGCAUCAAGCUGGAGAACCCGCUGGACUAUGGCAGUGCCUGGGCGGCUGCGGCGGCGCAGUGCCGCUAUGGGGACCUGGCGAGCCUGCAUGGCGCGGGUGCAGCGGGACCCGGCUCUGGGUCACCCUCAGCGGCCGCUUCCUCAUCCUGGCACACUCUCUUCACAGCCGAAGAAGGCCAGUUGUAUGGACCGUGUGGUGGUGGGGGCGGCGGCGGUGGCGGCGGCGGCGGCGGCGGCGCAGGAGAGGCGGGAGCUGUAGCCCCCUACGGCUACACUCGGCCACCUCAGGGGCUGGCGGGCCAGGAAGGCGACUUCACCGCACCUGAUGUGUGGUACCCUGGCGGCAUGGUGAGCAGAGUGCCCUAUCCCAGCCCCACUUGUGUCAAAAGCGAGAUGGGCCCCUGGAUGGAUAGCUACUCCGGACCUUACGGGGACAUGCGUUUGGAGACUGCCAGGGACCACGUUUUGCCCAUUGACUAUUACUUUCCACCCCAGAAGACCUGCCUGAUCUGUGGAGAUGAAGCUUCUGGGUGUCACUAUGGAGCUCUCACAUGUGGAAGCUGCAAGGUCUUCUUCAAAAGAGCCGCUGAAGGGAAACAGAAGUACCUGUGUGCCAGCAGAAAUGAUUGCACUAUUGAUAAAUUCCGAAGGAAAAAUUGUCCAUCUUGCCGUCUUCGGAAAUGUUAUGAAGCAGGGAUGACUCUGGGAGCCCGAAAGCUGAAGAAACUUGGUAAUCUGAAACUACAGGAGGAAGGAGAGGCUUCCAGCACCACCAGCCCCACUGAGGAGACAGCCCAGAAGCUGACAGUGUCACACAUUGAAGGCUAUGAAUGUCAGCCCAUCUUUCUGAAUGUCCUGGAAGCCAUUGAGCCAGGUGUGGUGUGUGCUGGACAUGACAACAACCAGCCCGACUCCUUCGCAGCCUUGCUCUCUAGCCUCAAUGAACUGGGAGAGAGACAGCUUGUACAUGUGGUCAAGUGGGCCAAGGCCUUGCCUGGCUUCCGCAACUUACACGUGGACGACCAGAUGGCUGUCAUUCAGUACUCCUGGAUGGGGCUCAUGGUGUUUGCCAUGGGCUGGCGAUCCUUCACCAAUGUCAACUCCAGGAUGCUCUACUUUGCCCCUGAUCUGGUUUUCAAUGAGUACCGCAUGCACAAGUCCCGGAUGUACAGCCAGUGUGUCCGAAUGAGGCACCUCUCUCAAGAGUUUGGAUGGCUCCAAAUCACCCCCCAGGAAUUCCUGUGCAUGAAAGCGCUGCUACUCUUCAGCAUUAUUCCAGUGGAUGGGCUGAAAAAUCAAAAAUUCUUUGAUGAACUUCGAAUGAACUACAUCAAGGAACUCGAUCGUAUCAUUGCAUGCAAAAGAAAAAAUCCCACAUCCUGCUCAAGGCGUUUCUACCAGCUCACCAAGCUCCUGGACUCUGUGCAGCCUAUUGCGAGAGAGCUGCAUCAGUUCACUUUUGACCUGCUAAUCAAGUCACACAUGGUGAGCGUGGACUUUCCGGAAAUGAUGGCAGAGAUCAUCUCUGUGCAAGUGCCCAAGAUCCUUUCUGGGAAAGUCAAGCCCAUCUAUUUCCACACCCAGUGAAGCAUUGGAAAUCCCUAUUUCCUCACCCCAGCUCAUGCCCCCUUUCAGAUGUCUUCUGCCUGUUAUAACUCUGCACUACUCCUCUGCAGUGCCUUGGGGAAUUUCCUCUAUUGAUGUACAGUCUGUCAUGAACAUGUUCCUGAGUUCUAUUUGCUGGGCUUUUUUUUCUCUUUCUCUCCUUUCGUUUUCUUCUUCCCUCCCUAUCUAAUCCUCCCAUGGCAACUUCAGACUUUGCUCCCCAUUGUGACUCCUAUCUGUGUUUUGAAUGGUGUUGUAUGCCUUUAAAUCUGUGAUGAUCCUCAUGUGGCCCAGUAUCAAGUUGUGCUUGUUUACAGCACUACUCUGUGCCAGCCACACAAACGUUUACUUAUCUUAUGCCACGGGAAGUUUAGAGAGCUAAGAUUAUCUGGGGAAAUCAAAACAAAAGCAAGCAAAAAAAAAAAAAAAAAAAAAAAAAAAAA